UUAGCAUCAACAGCUAAUAAGCUGUCUAUGUUAAAACAAUUAAUUGUGUUUCUGUUAUCUGAUUUAUUAAGCUAAUCCACCAGAAGUUUGCGUUUUCUACUGGCUUCGUUUUUAUUUUGGUGUUUCGGUUAAAGGACAAUAAAAAUAGAUCCGUUUGUUAGCUAGAAGAACCGCUAAGCGAAGCCAAAUGAUCCAGAUCCCAGUCUGUAGCUGGAAUUCCCACAAUCAAUGUGCCCCGUGUUUUUCUGAAGUAAUCUCGCGGUAAACAGCGAGAGUAUAGUAGAAGCCGGUUUGGCGCAGUCCGCGGACUCAGGUAGCGGUAAAUUAAUCCAUUUUAAUUGAAAACCUGCAGAACCUGAUCCAGGUUCGGAUGAUUCUGGGCUUAUUUCGGACCCAGCGGACAUUCUGCUCUGUUUAAACCGGGGAAACGGGUUUUAGCGGCCGCUGGAGUCGCUGACAGCCCGGACUAUAAUCACACUAACGGACCGCUUUUAUCGGAUUCGGUCCACGGAGGUGCCGUUCUGAGAACCGGACCAGAACCGAACAGGUUCUGCUCGGGGAUUGUGAGAGGCUGAUCCGGGUCAGAAGAACGGUUCUGGUUCUGGUUCAUACUGUAGAAGCUGAGCGGGGAUUGUUCUGGAGCGGAUGGAGGGACAUGUGACGUGGUGCUAGUCCGUCCAUCAGUCCGGUUCGGUUCGGCCCGGUUCAGUCGGAACUUCAUGAUCCAGCCGCAGGGGACCCGCCUGGUCGCCGGACUGUUCUGCCAGUGCCGGUCCGCGGAGACCCACGCCAGCGUGGACCCGGGCGGGGGCUGCGGGCCGCCCCCGGUCAGCCCGCGGCCCCCCCAGGACUCCCGGUCCGGUUCGGACAUCCCGGACUAUGCGUGUGACGUGUGCGGCGGUCCGGAGCAGGAGCACCGGCUGAAGGUUCUGUUCGAGAUCCUGGACGUAAACGGGGACGGCGGGAUCUGCGUGAACGACCUGAGCAUCGGCCUGAAGAAGCUGGGGGUCCACCGAACCGAGCACGAGCUGCGGCGCAUGGUGACGGCGGGCGAUAAGGACCUGGAUGGCCAGCUGGACUUCCAGGAGUUCGUUCAGUACCUCCGGGAUCAUGAGAAGAAGCUGCGGCUCGUCUUCAAGAGUCUGGACAGGAAGAACGACGGCCGGAUCGACUCGCAGGAGAUCAUGCAGUCGCUGCGGGAUCUGGGGAUCCACCUGACGGAGGAGCAGGCCGAGGAGAUCCUGAGGAGAAUAAGGGCGGGGUUCAUCUGGACCCCAGUCCUGCACAUGGAUAAAAACGGCACCAUGACCAUCGACUGGGACGAGUGGCGGGACUACCACCUGCUGCACCCGGCCGACAACAUCCCCGAGAUCAUCCUGCACUGGAAGCACUCCACGAUCCUGGAUGUCGGCGAGAGCAUCAUCGUCCCCGAUGAGUUCACCGCGGAGGAGAAGAAGACCGGGAUGUGGUGGCGCCACCUGGUGGCCGGAGGAGGCGCCGGCGCUGUGUCCCGGACCUGCACGGCGCCGCUGGACCGGCUGAAGGUUCUGAUGCAGGUCCACGCCUCCAAAACCAACAGCAUGCGCAUCGGCAGCGGCUUCCUGCAGAUGAUCCGCGAGGGCGGCGUGCGCUCGCUCUGGAGAGGAAACGGCAUCAACGUGAUCAAAAUCGGUCCAGAGUCCGCCAUCAAGUUCAUGGCCUAUGAGCAGAUUAAACGGCUCAUCGGGAGCAACCAGGAGACGCUGGGAAUGACGGAGAGGUUCGUGUCGGGAUCUCUGGCUGGGGCGAUCGCCCAGAGCAGCAUCUACCCCAUGGAGGUUCUGAAGACCCGGUUGGCCCUGAGGAAGACGGGUCAGUACUCUGGGAUCCUGGACUGCGCCAAACACAUCCUGCAGAGGGAAGGCGUGGCGGCGUUCUACAAGGGCUACGUCCCCAACAUGCUGGGCAUCAUCCCGUACGCCGGCAUCGACCUGGCCGUCUACGAGACCCUGAAGAACUCCUGGCUGCAGCGCUUCGCCACGGACAGCGCCGACCCGGGAGUCUUUGUGCUGCUGGCCUGUGGCACCACCUCCAGCACCUGUGGGCAGCUGGCCAGUUACCCGCUGGCGCUGGUCCGGACCCGGAUGCAAGCGCAAGCCUCGCUGCAGGCCGGCCCCCAGCUGUCCAUGUCGGCCCUGUUCCGGCUCAUCGUCCGUACGGAGGGCGCGCUCGGCCUCUAUCGGGGCCUCGCCCCCAACUUCAUGAAGGUCGUCCCGUCCGUCAGCAUCAGCUACGUCGUCUACGAACACCUCAAGAGGUCGCUAGGGGUCCAGUCCAGGUGAACCGGACCCGACCGGAACCAAGUGCUGUAUCCGCACCGGAACCCUCGUCCUCCGGCCCAGAACCGGUUCUGAUCUCUGAACGCAGUGACCCGGACCGGCCCGAUGACCCGGCUCCAGGUCCGACCCGCUGAUCUUCAUCAUGUCUGAUGAUGAUGAUCCGGGUCCAUCUGGUUCUGGACCUCUAGGAGGAGCCGGUUCUGGUUCUGGUUCUGGUGGGCCGUCUCAGCUCCUCUGGGUCUGAUGUUCUGGAUCAGAGCCAGAACCGCCUGGUACCGUCUGACCGGGACGGUUUCCUUCCAGAACCUGACCCAGAUCAGAACCAGAGGGUUGGGUCCAGUUCAGCAGAACCUCCAGGUUCUGAUGGGAAAAACCUCAGCGGACACCAGGACUCCGUCACCAUGGCAACCAGCAUCACAUGAUCCAAGCAUGAGGCGUUCAAGCUCCAUGGAAAACUCAGAAACUUUCCUGAUCAUAGAAACACUCCUCAACUCACCGAACUGAUUCCCUACCAGACCGGACCGGAUCCGAACGGACCGGACCGGAUCCGAACGGACCGGACCGGAUCCGAACGGACCGGACCGGAUCCGAACGGACCGGACCCCUCAGCUGGUUUCUUUUAUUUAUUUCAGUAUUUAUUGGUUUGGCUGAUCAUGAUGAAACUGCUUGUUUGGAUCGAACCAGAAGGUUCUGCUUAAAACUGAGACACUGAAUGUUUUCGGUCUCUGACCCAACAGAACCAUCAGAACCAUCAGAAUAAAGGCUGCAUGCAAUGUUUCACUCU